AUGACAAAAAUGGCGGACAAAAGGUCCCUUAAAAAGUUUCUUACAGAUCAUCCUCACUUUGAACUUUUUAAAGACGAGCAGAACAGGGAAAAGGUACCUAAAGCAUCGGCAAAAGUAGUACUUAGCAAAAUACGAAAGUAUCAUAGCGUUUGAAAUAAUUUUACGAUUUUCACGUGUGUGCUGUCCUUCACGCGUCGGAACGGACGCACGGAGCUGACUGACGGAGUCACACAGGUCCUUUAUUAUUAAUUUAUUCGAAGACCCAGGAGCAGUAAGUCGGGGCAGUAGAACUGAAAAAGAAAAGAAGAAGAUUAGCACUUUCGUCGUGAUAACAUCUCAUUGCCCCAGAGCAAAGUGAGAAAGGCACAGGACACCCAAGUGUGACACCCACUUACAACUUAGGGGCUGGUGUAAAAAGGAUUCGUAGUACUCUGGUGCUCUAUUAUUGUUCUCUACUAUUGUAAAAAGGUUAUAGUGACCAUAACGUUUAAUUUUUUCAGCUAACUGUGAUAAAUCCACUCUCCUAAUCCUUUGUAGGUGAAAUGUAAGCUUACAGGACAUGAAUUGCCAGCUAGAAUAUCAGACCUUGAAAACUAUACAAGAGGGAAAAAAUAUCAACGACUGGUCAAAGAUGUUCCAAAUACAUCUCCUGGAUUUGAAGAAUAUAAGGAAUUUUUAGCACCAAGUAGGAAAAAUAGGUACCGUAUGUAUCCUUUAUUACCUUUGAUCAAAAUUACAGUUGAGCCUCCACUAAACUAGCCUGAUUCUCAGAGGUUCAAGGUCGUUCACAGUCCCUUCGCUUUCCUCUCUCCAGGGAGGGAAGUGAGGGGACCACGAACGACCCCAGACGUCUGAGAAUCAGGUUACCACUAAACAGCCACCUCUCUACAACGACCACUUUUUUUGGCAGAAAGUCCAUACAUUGACUCUUGUUUAUACGUCUCUACAAUGGCCACCUCUCUACAACGGUGACUUUCUUCUCUCCUAAAGGUGGCUGUUUUGGAGAGGUUCAACUGUACUUUAAAUGAGCUCUAGGUUUGUGAGAAACUAAGUUAGGCAAGUUCAUCAUAAUACUUUGAAGCAAAGAGGCUUUUCUUCCACCAGAUUCAUGGCUUUUUUUGUUUAAAACUGAACCAAAUCAUGACUUACUUAGUGUUUCUUGAUUCUGAGGAAAAGAAUGAUAAAGUGGAAUGCUUGUCAAAACUCAGUUCAAUCGAAGGCUUUUGUUAUUUGCAAAGGAAGUGAAGGGGCUGCAAACAACCUCAGACGUCUGAGAAUCAGGCUUGUAUUUAGAAGGAUGUAAUAAUAUUAAGAUAAAUUUAGUUAACUUACACUCACAAUGUAGAUUGAAAGGCUGCCAAUUCAAGUGGUAAGUCUGUGCAAAAUUUGGUUUCCAUAUUCCUCUGCCAUCAGAAAAAACUGGUAUGUUUCACAGAUUAAAGGGGCUGUGUCUCUAACAUUCAGUGUGAAUUAAAAUUGUGAGCAAAGUGUCAGAAUCAACAGGAAUCUACCAAGAAUGGCAUGGUCAAGUGCUAAAAGUUACCAUGAUAGUACAUAGAAACUGUUAAAAACUCCUUUUGGCUAAGUAUUAACAAGAAAGGAAGGGGACUACAAUCAAAAUUAUGUCUGCCAUAAGUUUUCAAGUUUGACAGUUUCAUUUGGGAAAAUUGCUGGGAAACCUAUGGUGUGCUUGCUCCUUGGGAAAUAUAUUUUCUCUGAUUUUUCAAAAGCCACCUUUUUGAUUUGUGAAACCGGGAGUUUAAGUUCAUAAUUUGAAGGUAGUUUACAUGAAAACUUAAGAGAUCUCUUUUGAAACCUCUGUUUUUAAGAGACACCAGUUGCAUCACAAAUGUACCAAUGAUGUGACAUGUGAUCCAGGUGUGGAUCAAAUGUGGGUGAGGUUCAGACACUUGUCCUGAGGUUGUUCAUUUUUUUAUUAAUUUUUUUAGGAGUCAGCUUUAUUGUGAACUUACCAAAAAGUUUAUCAAUAAUACGCCUCAUCAUAUUCAAACACAUGUUACUGGAAAGCGUUUCUUGAGAGCAUUGGAAAAGCGUGAGUAUGAAGUCUUAAAGCAUCUUCAAUAGUGCAAUUUUCUGAUGUAAGAAUGACAAUGUAAUUAGUAGACUAGAUUUGUUAAUGCCUCAUUAUUUGGCUGCCCGUGAGGGCAAUGCCCAAUCAAGAAAUACCUUCAGUCUUUGUCAAAAAAUGGGGUCAGAACCCCAGAAAGCUUUGCAUGUCCCAUUCCCACUUCAAUGCGGCCAAUUUUUGCAGGGAUGGGACAGGUCAUUUCAGGUUUUCAGACAAACAGACUUGGAAGUCCAUUCGGAACAAACACAAUAUUACUGUACGGAGUGGCCCGAUAUCUAUCUCUUCUUUGGCAUUUAAAUUACUUUUGGAAAGUAUCUAUUGUCUUGUAUUUUCAGGUAAAAUUGCUGUGCACAUUCAGACAUAUUUUUUGUUGUUAUUGUUCACAUCAUUGCCAUUCUAUGAAUUUGUGGAGAAAAUUGACUGGCAAAUGGUUAAAUACAAACCCUGAUGAUAUAUAAAAUAGAAUCGUUUAAAAGUCGAACAAGGUUCGCUUUUAGGGGAUUUUUUUCUCCAAAAUAAUGAUAUCAAUUUUGUAGAUCGCGAGCAACAGAGGGCUAAAGAUGAUAAAUCAGAUGAAGAAAUGUGGGUUCCAUCUGACCUUGAAUCUGAUUCAGAAAAUGAAUUGAAAGAAGGAGCAAAAAGAAAAAAGACAGAAGAUGAAGAAGAUUCUGGAGGAGAAUUCUCAUCGGAAGGUUUAGUGUUGUUUUAUUUUUUCCGUUGCGUGACAAGUUGCACGAGAACGUUUCCAAGUCUAAAGGGGUUGUUUACAUGACACCUGGGCACUUUUCUAGCAGUGCAAGUCCACUCCGGCUCUCUCUCAUGGCUCUGUAUUCGUUUACCUGUUACCACCAGAAAAUCUUAUUUCGGCUGAGUCAUACUGGCACGAGUUCACCCCGGUUACUGUGUCGGAGCCAGAAUUUCAUUCUGCCGCGAGAUCUGGUAACUGUAUAAUAUAAACGAAGAAUGACCACGCGUUUCGGUAUAAAUUGGCUUAUCAAUGCACUGGUAUGUGUAGCGCGCAAAAGUAGUUUUAGUGAAUCAAAGACAGUGUCAUUCUCGAACCCCAGAGCUCAAGCUUGUGACUCCUUCUCGUCCGUAGUCAUGCGCAAUACAAAUUGACGUUUGCCGUUUGUCGUAAACGUGAAUCUAAGAGUGCUUAACAUUUGAUGUGGCGACUGUUACGUGAAAAUAGUUCUAAUCAAUCGUUUAUUGUUCUCAACAGAGGAAGAUGAGGUUUAUGAAACAAAAAACCAGGAUACUGUUAAAAGGACAAUCAAGGUAAAAAGUAGGGGCAGCAUUAACUCUUAAGUGCAUUCUCGACUUUUUUGUCAGGUGGCAUUUUAAGAGCCAUGGCAAGUGAACCGCUUAGAAAAAAACUAUCUUGAAAAUACCCGACUAAGACACCAAAUUCGCCUGCGAUUAAUACUCCUAGAGAAAUCUCCAGUGCUCUGACAUUGUAUGUUCGUGACUACAGUCAGGAAUCUAUAAAAAAUAAUUACUGAAAUCUCACUUAACGCUUUCCCUGCUUUUCAGUUUUUGUUGAAGUCUACUCCAGCACCGGUGACUCUAGCAAGUAUAUUAUUUGCACACCCGAAAGUUCGGGCAUUUUCCCUUAAUUUGUAUAAUGGUACAAUUUCGCGCUGUUUUCAUUUUGGCUCUUGGCAGGAACCAAAGAAGGAUAAAUCGACAAAGAAACUGAAAACAAGCUGCGAAAAAGAAGACAAAACGGCCAGUAAAGUAUCCAAGAAUAAAUCGAAAACGAAGAAAUCCAAGAAGACAUAG